ACGCUGCUCUGCGCAAGCGCCAACCGGCAGCACGUUGUCAUGGAGACGGUUUGUUGCGUCUAUCGGUGGAGGCCGAAAACACUAAACAGGGCCAGAAUACAAGGGAAUUAAAAAAACGAAGGUAAGAUAUUUAGACUCACACUUACAACGUGUUUCUAAAAAGUGUUUAGAGGAAGAACCAAACGGGUAAAAAGUUUUUUUUAAUGCUAAAUAACAGCUGGAGGAACAUCUCACAACUAGUGGGUUUAGUUAACAACAGGUUACAAAACCCUUCUCAAAACCAUUUUCUGUGAACACACAGUGAUGUCAAGCUCACGGAGUGAUCUCAUCGACUUCUCAGCGCUGGAAAGGGAGCUGCAGGGGGCGAUCGAGCUGGAGCGGAGAUACCAGAGAGAGAAUGAUGCCAAACUAAGAGCAGUCAGCCAAGGAGUGACCUACGAUCAGUUCAGGUAACUCAAGGGGGACCUGAUUAAGACGGCGAUCUGGAAGAUUCCCUUGAAGGCCCUUUUUUUAAGAAUACCAGAAAUAUUCCGAGAUUUUUAUAAUUCUUAUAGGUGUAUAGAAAAUCCUUAAGUCAUCUUUGGGAUCCUUUAAGUAGUUUCAAAAUGUCGAUGGAAAACAUGAUGUCCUUGAAGUCAUUCCUAAAGUCCUUGGAUGUUCUCCAGGUCCUGACUUAUCUGUGUCUGUGUCUGUCAGAAAUCUGGUCCUGUCAAGUAACCUGAAGCCCCUGGAGAAGAAAGACAAAGAGGGGGCUCAGAGGAAACAGCCCUGGAAUCCUGUCGCUACGAGCAGCAAGGACCGGAUGGACAGUUCUUAAAAGUCUUUCUUUUCAUAGGAACAUUUAAAUAUGACAUUCACAUGUAAAAAAUAAAAAUAACUUAAAUGAGUUAUUAAAACAGUUUUGCACUAUACAACAGCUUGUAAUAAAAGACAAACUUAAAAAAGUAACAUCCCAGUUUGACGUUUUCUUGUUCUGAUUCAGUUUUUGUGUUAUUUCCAUUAGUCGAUGAACUGAGCAAACACAUGCAGCUAAUCUGACUUAUAUGGCGACCACAUCACAAAAGCUGACAGAGUGCUAUUUAGGAGUGUGAGGAUCUAACCCAGUUUAGUAGUGAGAUGUCGUUAGGUUGUGCUGUGACUAAUUAUGGCACUGUAGUAAAGUAAAACCAAAUCAGAACUCCUGAAAUCAUUCAGGGAUCCCAGAAGUUUCAGAAUUAUCAUAGAAAAACUGCCAUAUUGACAUUAGCUAGACUUUUUGUACACGCACUUCUGCAUAUCUCUUGAUGUCUGACUGUUUUAUGUCAGUAUGUUUAGUCUUUAAAUAUCUGUAAAAAGACUGAAAAGCAACUGAGAAGGGAAAAAUGCUGCAACUCCCCUGGUGUAUGGCUUGUUGUUCCCAGUGUGGCCAGCAGGUGGUGCCACAGACUGUUGGGAGAUUUGAUUUGCUCCAAUUUGAGUCAAAAUAUCAAAAAUACCCAAUAAAACCACAAUAUUCUAACGGCUGUUUACCGCAAAAUAUUGAGUCAAUAAAUCGUCUGUUGUGAUUAA